AUGAAUAAGGAAUAGAACAGAUCAAUAUUUAAUAGAAAGGAAAAAUACAUGAUAAAUAAAAGAAUAAUUGCUUUUAAAUUAUUAUUAUAAGAAAAAUUGAUUUCUAAAAUAGUUAAUGAAAAAGAUUUCCUUGAUUAGAUAGAAAAGAAAAGCUCAAUGAAUUAAUAAGAAAGAGUUGCUUUCAAUAAAAAAUAUGCUACAUUGUAUAAUAAAUUACACUAAGAAUAUAAAAAAUGUAUAAUAAAUAAACGAGAAAAAAAGUCUAACAUACAAAAUAGAGAAAAUAAUUCUAAGAAUAAUCAACUUUUGAAAGAAGAAGAUAUGUAUUGA